AGUUGGCUGGACACCUUGCAGGUGGGACUGAGUCAGUCAGGAAAGGCACCGUGGGCACUUGGGGCCUCUGCCCACUGCCACCCACCAGCUAUGGGCAACAAGGUGACCCGGGGGGACUUCGAGUGGGUGUAUACAGACCAGCCACAUACCCAGCGGCGCAAGGAAAUACUCGCUAAGUAUCCGGUAAUCAAGUCCUUAAUGGGCCCAGACCCCCACCUGAAGUGGAUUGUGUCUGGCAUGGUACUGACUCAAUUGCUGGCCUGCUACUUGGUGAAGGACCUGUCCUGGAGGUGGCUCUUCUUCUGGGCCUACGGCUUCGGGGGUUGCAUCAACCACUCGCUGACCCUGGCCAUCCAUGACAUCUCACACAAUGUGGCCUUUGGGAACAAGCAGGCCAAGUGGAACCGCUGGUUUGCCAUCUUUGCCAACCUGCCCAUCGGCGUGCCCUACUCUGCCUCCUUCAAGAAGUACCACAUCGACCACCACCGCUACCUGGGCGGGGACAUCCUGGACGUCGACAUCCCCACGGACUUCGAGGGCUGGUUCUUCUGCACCCCGGGCCGGAAGCUGGUCUGGCUCAUCCUUCAGCCACUGUUCUAUGCCCUGCGGCCACUGUUCGUCAACCCUAAGGCCGUCACCCAGAUGGAGAUGCUCAACGUUCUGGUGCAGCUGGUGGUGGACGGAGCCUUGUACGCCCUGUGGGGUCUGAAGCCCGUGGUCUACCUGGUUGCUGGCUCCAUUCUGGGGAUGGGGCUGCACCCCUUCUCCGGCCAUUUCAUCGCAGAGCAUUACAUGUUCCUGAAAGGUCAUGAGACCUAUUCCUAUUACGGGCCUCUGAACUGGAUCACAUUUAAUGUGGGCUACCACAUGGAACACCAUGACUUCCCCAGUAUUCCAGGAUGCAAGCUGCCUCAGGUGCGGAAGAUUGCGGCCGAGUACUACGACCACCUGCCCCAGCACUCCUCCUGGGGGCAAGUCCUCUGGGACUUCAUCUUCGACAGCACCAUCGGCCCUUACUCCAGGGUCAAACGGGUAUGCAAGCGGGCAGAGGAUGGUCUCUGACCCUGCAGCAAGGGAUUGUGGCCUGUCACGGCGGGGUCCCCCUGCCCCCGGACCUUACUCCAACUCCUCCGAAGCGGCAAAGAGCCAGCCAGCCUGGAACAAGCAUUCACCGCUCUCCUAUUUCAAGAAGGGAUGUGUCCCACUGGCGGUCAAAGUCUCAGCAUUUCCCAGCUGCCCCAGCCACCCCUAGUGCCCCUAGUGCCUGGAGCAAGACAGGACAUUCUGUGUUGAGCGAGGGGAAGCAGAGGGACAGGGUGCAGGGAGGGAAGGGGGGUAAAAUGGGUGGAUCAGACCCAGUCCAGCUUGGUCCUGGCUCACGGGCAGGUAAGCAUUUUCAGGCCACCCAGAGGGAGGGGGAUGAUUCUCCUCUUUGGGUUGAGGCAGCGGAACUGGUUUUCCGGCUUGUGCUCCCUGCCCAGGCUACCGGGUGCCCUGGGGGCUGGGCUGUGUCCUCUAACCCACCUGUGUCCAGCUUGCCUGCCGGGCUGGGGACUGCAAUCCUGGGCUCCCUAGGUGAACACUGGAAACUGAUGUGCUCCUUCCUCAGGUCUGAUCAUCAUGCAGGGCUUUCUUCCACCACCUGCUGGAGUUCUCAGGGCAAGACCCCUACCCUCCCUGCUCCCUCUUCUCCCCCUCCAAGGCUUCAACAUUUCUCAGUCCUCCUGCCUCGCCCUUUGAGCAGACAGCUGUAGCACUGGAAGGGUUUUUCCGCCUCUCCCCAAGGGCUGGUCUCUCUCUCCUUUCCCCCACUGCCUAUGAGAACAAGUCCAUGGGCCCUGACCCUCUCUCCGUUAGACCCUAGAUCUAAGCAACUUUCUCCUGGGCCACGGUCUAGGACAGAGCUACUGGCUCUGAAACUCACAGUAGGGUAGUGAGACCCUGUCAAAGAGGCUGGGUAGAUGGUGAGUUUCAUUCCAGGCAAGGGGUAAAGCAUGAAACUCAGCACUUGCCACCCGCUUAGUGUGUCACAUUUGGCAUGACAUUUUAUCUGUUCACACAUUGUGUGACCCUCAAAAUUAUGGGACUUACCCUGUUGACCUGUUCAGAGGAAGAAUUCUGUACUGGGUGGUUACAGCCAGAAUCUCUUACCACCAUCCUACCCUUUUUCCAAGCUGAGAAUGAUCCAUCUUUCUCAACUUCUCCCAUCCCUCGCUCUGACCCCAACCCCUCCUGGCUUCCUCAGGCCUGAGACAGAUCCGUGACCACUCUGCCUUCACCACUGUCUCACUGCUUGCAGCUCAGGAGCCUUGAGAAGCUGUUGUUUGUCCCGAAGGGGCCAGAAACACAAUCCCCCUUUACCUAGCUAGAACUGGGUUGACUUUAUACGGUCUUUUUUGCAACAUGUUACCUCUAGCUAAAGCAAAGGAUGCCUGAUGUGAUCUCCCGCUUUGAGAGAAUGCAUUGACAGUGUCUGAUUUUGCAUAGCCCCGGUCCUGAACUGGGCCCCUGGCUGCAGAUUUUGCAUAUCUAAUUGUGUGAUGCCCCACUGGAGUUCAGUCUGCCUUGACUGUCAGGGAGGUGGCAGAUGGGACUUUGACCAUGCAGACUCAGUGCUGGUGGGCAGAUGAGAGGCCAUCCAUGAGUGCCUCUAUAUCCCCUGACAGCUGCCCUCUCAUCAGAGCUGAGUCUCUGCCAGUCCUGAAUUGUCUUCAGCCGAGGGCUGGGCCCACCUCUAGCUUUCCUGGAGAUCUUAAGUGCAUGGACUCCCGCUUUCAAUCACCAUUCCCUGUAGGGUCGGCCCCUUGGCUGGCCUCUGAUCAUGCCUGACUGAGCCAUCGCAUGGCCUAGAUUUCGUUUUUGAGUGGGAGGAAACGUGGAAACAGAUGUGUGGAGGACACCAAAUGCAGCUAGCCUUCUCAACAUGCUGGGGUUGGGCUGAGUCACAUGUGGAAGCGAAGAGCUUGUGAAUCUCAGACAGGGCCGGGGUCACCUCCAAAUGGACCCUGGUCCAUGGAGAGUGGUAAGGGGCUGUGACCAACAAACCUCAUCCCUGUACUUCCUGCCAGCCUGCUGCAGGCUGGACCUGCUUCUCCAUCUUGGACUGCAGGCCACCCAGAGCCUUGGCCUCCUCCUAAACUGGAUUUGCGGGGCAGACCAUUCCCGUGGGGAUGGGGGCACUCUGACUUCCACAGUGACCCACUCUCCUCUCUGUGUGCCCUGAGAAGGGCCUGCAGACUAUCCAGGUGACAACCACUCUCUAUUAUUCUGAGUCAUAGCAGAGUGAGCCAGGAACUCUGUGGCUAAUUGAAAUCCUUGCGUAAUACAGAAAGCUCCUUUUUGUCAAGAGUUUCAGCUUCUUCCUCCAUCUUGCGAGGUGUAGGUUUGGGUGUUGAUGCUGAGUGUGGAUAGAGGCCAGAAAGACGUCUGCUUGGGCUUGUAGUGGAGAGUGAGGUCCCUCUCGGGGAAGGCUGCUUGCUGUCAAGGAACAAGUUGUGACAGGGACUGAGGCUUGGUCCAAACCAUUCCCACUGAUCAGGCCUUGUGGGGUGGAGGGAGGGGGCAGGGGAUCCUCUGGUUCUGGAGGUAUAGGGUUAAAGUGUCAUACUGUAAAGGGACCCAGUUUGUAAGCAUCUCAAAGGUUUGCAACCUCAUGUUAUAGAGGGAGCAGAACAGGCUGGUUGGGAAGUUUAGUGCACUGAGAAGAGUAAGACCUGGCUCCACUAUUGUUAAACCACCUCUUCAGAGCUCCCUAGGAUGGCUGCCACGUAACCACCUGGAUAAAACUCACCCAAACCAAGGAGGAUGGGAGUACUUGCAUUCAGGAAAGCUCUGGACACCCACUCCUUCUGCUCUCUGGCUCCCGGCUCCCCU